UUGCAAAGUUUAAAAAUGUUCUUAAUUUUGGCGUAAUGCAAAAAAGGAUUUUUGAUGAAUUUUUGUCCUACAGAUUAAUUUUUUUUCGUUUUUUUCUUGUUUUUUAUUUGGUUCUCUCUUGUUUUUCAACAAUGUUUUUAUAAAUUUUCUAAAAUAACCUAAAUGGAAUUGUAGGAGAAAUCAUAAAUUUUGCUCUAAAUUUUAAUUUAAUAAAUAAUGGCUUCUUAUGCUUCAUCAUCAAACUCUGGAACGAUUGACGAGAAAUGUCAUACAUUAUUCGAUGGCGUUAGGAAGAUUAAUCAACUUUCUGAGGCUCUUGUUGCUCAAAAUGCUUAUUUAAUUAAGCGUGUUCAAGACUUGGAGGAGCGUUUACAACAAGAACUUGACCACAAGAAGCGUUUGCAUCAAGAGCUUGAAAUUAGUCGUUGGGCAACACAUCGUGAAUGA